AUGCCUUCAAAAGAUUUUAUUAACCGGAGGAAACGCCGACAGCGUCAUUCGGUUGAAGGUCAGUUUGGUAGUAAUGCAACUAAUAGUUGCGGGGUUGAAGGGGUUUCCGAUGAUGGUAGAUUGUUGAAUGUUAAUCCAACCGGGGUUACUUCUGGUGAUGGUACUUUAGAUAGAGGUUCCGUAGUUGAUGGUAUUGGAUUUCAUUCUGAAAGUGUUUUAAUUGAGGGUUCUUUGGUUGAUGGUUCUUUCGUUGAAAGUUCUUUGGUUGAUGGUUUUAGUGGUGAAAAUUGUUGA